GUGUGCACACGAACUAGCGUUGAACAAGAUGAACAGUUAAGAUUAUGCACCAGAGCGUGAAAUGCUCUGUUCAAGACGGUGCCUUGUAACUUCACGUCAACUGUAUUCGGUUGUGCAUGAUCCAAAUGAAAGGACUUUUGAAAAGCUCCUUAUUGCCAACAGAGGGGAGAUUGCAUGCCGAGUCAUCAAAACAUGUAAGAAGAUGGGGAUUAAAACAGUUGCUAUACACAGUGAUGUUGAUUCCAAUGCUGCGUUGGAAGGUGUCACCUUCAUUGGACCUGACACGCAUGCUAUUCAAGCUAUGGGAGACAAGAUUGAAAGCAAAUUGUUAGCCAAGAAUGCAAAGGUCAACACAAUUCCUGGCUUUGAUGGGGUAGUCAAGGAUGCAGAUGAAGCUGUCAGAAUUGCAAGGGAAAUUGGCUACCCUGUCAUGAUCAAGGCCUCAGCAGGUGGUGGUGGGAAAGGCAUGAGAAUCGCUUGGGAUGAUGAAGAGACCAGAGAAGGUUUUAGGUUUUCGUCUCAAGAAGCUGCUUCAAGUUUUGGUGAUGAUCGCUUACUGAUAGAGAAGUUCAUUGAUAACCCUCGUCACAUAGAAAUCCAGGUUUUGGCAGAUAAGCAUGGCAAUGCUUUGUGGUUAAACGAGAGAGAAUGCUCCAUUCAAAGAAGAAAUCAAAAAGUUGUGGAGGAAGCACCAAGCACUUUUCUAGACCCUGAAACUCGAAGAGCAAUGGGAGAACAAGCAGUAGCUCUUGCCAAAGCAGUAAAAUAUUCCUCUGCUGGAACAGUAGAAUUCCUUGUCGACUCCAGUAAGAAUUUCUACUUCUUGGAAAUGAACACUAGACUUCAGGUUGAACAUCCCGUCACAGAAUGCAUUACCGGCCUGGACCUAGUCCAAGAAAUGAUCCGUGUUGCUAAGGGUUACCCUCUCAGGCACAAACAAGCUGAUAUUCCCAUCAACGGCUGGGCGGUUGAAUGUCGAGUUUAUGCUGAGGACCCCUACAAAUCUUUUGGCCUGCCAUCCAUUGGUAAACUAUCUCAGUAUCAGGAGCCAUUGCAUCUGCCAAGUGUACGUGUUGACAGUGGCAUACAACAAGGAAGUGAUAUUAGCAUUUAUUAUGACCCUAUGAUCUCAAAACUGAUUACCUAUGGCUCUAAUAGAGCUGAAGCACUGAAAAGAAUGGAAGAGGCUUUGGACAAUUACGUAAUUCGAGGUGUGACUCACAAUAUUUCUUUACUGCGAGAAGUGAUUAUCCAUCCACGCUUUGUCCGAGGAGAUAUCAGCACUAAAUUUCUUCCUGAAGUCUAUCCUGAUGGUUUUAAAGGACACAAGUUGACAGAUCUUGAGAGAAGGGAACUACUGGCAACAGCGGCUUCUUUGUAUGUGGCUGAACAACUGAGAUCACAGCGAUUUCUAGGGACUCCAAGAAUUCCUAUUGCUAAAUCCCAGAGAAGUAGCUGGGAGCUUUCUGUGCACCUAGGAGAUGGAGUUUACCCUGUUGCAGUUUCAAAGGAUGGCUCAUCAUUUUCUGUGGAAGUUGAUGGGAUGAAACUGAACGUGACCGGUGAAUGGAACCUGGCUUCACCCUUGUUGUCUGUCACCAUUGAUGGCACUCAGAGGACUAUACAGCGCCUUUCUCGGAAUGCAUCUGGAAAUACAAGCAUUCAGUUUCUUGGCACGGUGUACAAAUUACAAAUACUGACGAAGGUUGCUGCAGAGCUGAGCAAGUACAUGCCAGAGAAAGCAGCUGAGGACACCUCCAACAUUUUGAGAUCUCCCAUGCCUGGAACAGCGGUGGCAGUUUCUGUCAAGCCUGGGGACACGGUUGCAGAAGGUCAAGAGAUUUGUGUAAUUGAAGCAAUGAAAAUGCAGAACAGUAUGACUGCUGCUAAAACAGGCAAGGUGAAAGCUGUUCACUGCAAAGCUGGUGAUACUGUUGGAGAAGGAGAUCUGCUGGUGGAACUGGAAUGAAAUGUUGCCUUCACACUGCCGAAUGAGCUAAACCUUUAUUUCCAGCCAUAGUGUAAAAUUAAGGCAAUACAAAACAGAAAAUCGACAGUCCUAAGCGCAAGAUUUUAUAUGGUCAUAUUUAUUGUGUCAGUGGUUAAGACAGCAAACACAGAUGUUAAACCUUGGCAACAGAUCCCAGAUUUUUACUUUAGAAAUACUUGUACAUAACCUUUGUAAUUCUCCUGUGGUUUUUUUUUUUUCAAGAUCAAAUAAAAAUCAAUAAAAAUACUCUUUCUGCUUUAAAACAGGAAAAGCCUCUUUUUUAGAAAGCAAACACAACCAAACCCCAAAUAUGAUUCAUCCAUGGUAAUAUCAUUGGUUUGAGAUACCAACCAAGUUGUACAGAAUGGAUGGCAAGAGUGAAAAAAAUCAACCAGUGAAUGAACCGAGCAGUUUUCCUUUACUCUGUGUCAGCAUUGAACAAUUACUGCCAAAGGCUUGAAUGCUGCUCAGAUUUAUUGUAAUGUUUUAAAACCUUUGUAUGGGCUGGAUUUAAAUUGCUGGUUAGUAAUUUUAUUUCUGUUGAUUACUGGAGGCAAGUUCUUCCUUAAGUAGCUGGUGCAGUCCUUGAAUCCCCUUAACCCCCCACUCCCCCCAAUAUUGCUAGAGGUGCUUCCUUUCCCUCAGGCCCAGCAUACUGCUGCCUCCUAAACACGUAAGGGAAAGGAACACCUGAGCUUCUGAUCGUAUGUUGUGCAGAGCGUCUUGCCAAACUAUAUUGAGCCUCUGUGAAGAACAAGAACUGUUCCUAAUGAUUAGCUCCUGCUGGAAAAGCUCAUAUACAAUAUGGAAAAAUCAGGCCCUGGAGAGGAGGACUAUUUAAGGGGUGUGAACAGAAGUGAGAGGGCUGGUGGUUUGGUUUUUUUCUUUCUUUCUUUCUUUCUUUCUUUUUUUUGCAUUAGUAGGCUCAGAAAUGCUAUUGAUAUCUGUAUUGUUAAAAACUGGCAGGCCUCCAUCAUAAAAGAAGAGCUGCUGAUCCAUUCCUAGGCUGUAAAGCUAUAUAUAUGUAUUUUUUUUAGUUAUUAAGUUUUGGUUCCUACAAAGCUGAAAGACCCAUCAUGUCUGUCUUAUACCCUCAUGCAUGAUACUACAGCACCAGGCUGGCUAGUGAUGUUGGGCCCUUUGAACAGUCAUUAUGGAAAACAAAUCUAAAUCUGCCCAGAAUCAUCCCACAGACAGUCAUCAUUUGCCAUAUGCCAAUGUCCAAUUUCUUUAGCCAGAAUCUUAAUAUUCCCUUCUACCUAAUGGUUAGAAAAUUGGUAGAUACUGCCUGGGAAGUAACCAUAUUUCAUGUGCAAGUCUUUCUAGCUAGGCUUGGCUCUCCGGCUUUAGGAGCCUUGCAGAGGUUCUCAGGCAUGGCUGGUACUUCAGAUACACUCCUGUCCCUGGAUCCUCUGCGUUCUUAUUACCCGGAGACAUGGUCAGAACAGAUGAAUGUUUUUUUUUCUUUCUUUCCUCUGAGGAACUUACUGCCAUGGGAUGUUGUGGCAUGCUACUCUAAACGUGGUUGCCUGAUUAUAUAGGCAAGUGAGCCCUCCUGCUUUGCUUUUAGUGCUAGCUCAGAGAGGAGGCAGUUUGCUAUCAUUUUCUCACCUGGGAGCUGCGGGUUCAUGCUAAUACCUGGGAAAAAAAAAAA